AUGCCUACAAAACGAAAGUUUACUGCCAAAUUCCCAACUGCUCGCAUUAAAAAGAUAAUGCAGUUGGAUGACGAGAUCGGAAAGCUCUCAGCUACUGUUCCACCAGUUGUCUGUAAUGCUGUUGUUCAUCUUACCUGUGUAGCUAGGGCGUUGGAAUUGUUUAUAGAACAACUCUUGACCAAAGCCUAUGAUCUCACUCUUUCGAGAAAUUCGAAGACAAUUUUGCCGUCUUACCUAAAGGAAAUUAUAGAUAAUGAAGAAGGGUUCGCUUUUCUGAGGCCUCUUGUCGCACAUAUAGCUCCCGUGAAAUCGCUCGACGAAUCGAGGUCUCGAGUUCGCUCUACAUCGUCGGAAGGAAAACCUAAACAACGUAGAUCUACCAACGGCACCCAGGGUCGAAAGCGACACUUUGAUAAUGAAUCGCCAGAAUGUCUACUCUCAGAUGACUCUGGACCCUCCCAUUCUAAAAGAAAUGGCUAUGAAAAAUCCUUGCGAUCAGAAAUGGAGUCUGGUACUCAUGAUUUGACGUAG